GCCGUUCUCAGUAGCAGGGACCAUGGACCAGGGGUCGGGCGCCGGGCCCCACCGGGCUCGCGGCCGCCUCGGCGCGCCGUCCUGUGGAGCGCGGGCUCCGGGGGCACCCUGGGCACGCUUCUCGGCCUGGCUGGAGUGCGUGUGUGUGGUCACCUUCGACCUGGAGCUGGGCCAGGCGCUGGAGCUGGUGUACCCCAGCGACUUCCAGCUCACGGACAAGGAGAAAAGCAGCAUCUGCUACCUGUCCUUUCCCGACUCCCACUCAGGCUGCCUCGGGGACACUCAGUUCAGCUUCCGCAUUCGUCGGUGUGGAGGGCUGAGGCGCCCCUGGCACGCGGAUGACAGGCACUGUGACACUGGGGCCCCCGUGUCUCUGCAGAGGGAGCCCGCACACUACUUUGGCUACGUGUACUUCAGGCAGGUGAAGGACGGCUCUGUGAAGAGGGGUUACUUCCAGAAGUCUCUGGUGCUGGUGUCCCGCCUGCCCUUCGUCCGGCUGUUCCAGGCGCUGCUGAGCCUGGUCGCCCCCGAGUACUUCGACAAGCUGGCGCCCUGCCUGGAAGCGGUCUGCAGCGAGAUCGACCAGUGGCCGGCCCCUGUGCCGGGGCAAACCCUGAACCUGCCUGUCAUGGGCGUCGUCCUCCAGGUGCACAUCCCAUCCAGGGCAGAUAUGCCUGAAUCCGGUCCUCCAAAGCAGUGCAGCCACAAGAACCUGCUACCAGCCCCCGUCGUCCUCACCAGCGUCCAUGAGCUGGACCUGUUCAGGUGCUUCCGGCCCGUGCUGGCCCACGUGCAGCUGCUGUGGGAGCUCCUGCUCCUCGGGGAGCCCCUGCUGGUCCUGGCGCCCUCGCCCGCCGUGUCCUCAGAGAUGGUGCUGGCCUUGACCAGCUGCCUGCAGCCCCUCAAGUUCUGCUGCGACUACCGCCCCUACUUCACCGUCCACGACAGCGAGUUCAAGGAGUUCACGACGCGCACGCAGGCCCCACCAAGCGUGGUCCUAGGAGUCACAAACCCUUUCUUUAUCAAAACGCUCCAGCACUGGCCCCACGUCCUCCGCAUCGGGGAGCCCAAGAUGCCAGGGGACCUUCCCAAGCAGGUCAAACUGAAAAAGCCCUCAAGGCUGAAGACCCUGGACACCAAGCCAGGCCUCUACACUGCAUACACGACCUACCUCCACCGAGACAAGGCCCUGCUCAGACGACUGCUUAAGGGCCUGCAGAAGAAGCGGCCGUCGGACGUGCAGACUGCAGUGCUGAGGCGGCACCUCCUGGAGCUCACGCAGAGCUUCAUCCUCCCUCUGGAGCACUACAUGGCCAGCCUCAUGCCCCUGCAGAAGAGCAUCACGCCCUGGAAGACCCCUCCCCAGAUCCACCCCUUCCGCCAGGAUGACUUCCUGCGCAGCCUGGAGCACUCGGGGCCCCAGCUCACCUGCCUCCUCAAGGGCGACUGGCUGGGCCUCUACAGGCGGUUUUUCAAGUCCCCUCAUUUUGACGGCUGGUACCGACAGCGGCACAAAGAGAUGACCCAGAAGCUGGAGGCUCUGCACCUCGAGGCCAUCUGUGAGGCGAACAUCGAGAUCUGGAUGAAGGACAAGUCCGAGGUGGAGGUCGUGGAUCUGGUCCUGAAACUUCGGGAGAGGCUGGUUCGGGCACAGGGCCACCAGCUCCCUGUGAAGGAGGCGACGCUGAAGCGGGCGCGGCUGUACAUCGAGACAGUCAUCGGCUCCCUGCCCAAGGACCUGCAGGUCAUCCUGUGCCCUCCCUAGGAUGGGGCCCGGGGCCCGGGGCCUGGCUGCCCCUUGGGGCCUAGGUCGGGCCGAGCUUCCCUCCCCUCAGUCAAGCACGAGCUCCCCCACCCAAGCUCCCGGCUGCCCCUGGCCCCCCACCUGGCACCACCAUCAUCCCAGCAGACAAGGUGGCAUUUGGACCUACAGCCUGGCCCCUGACUGCUGGCGGAUCACGUGCUGGCAGAGCCUCCCCUCCCCCUGGGCCCCACCUGCCCUCUCCAGGGUCUUAGGCAGGGGUGGGGGGCAGGCUGUGAGCCCUGCUGAUCUGAUCUGGGCCAAGGCCACGCACCCCUCCAGGAGCCCAUCUGCCCGAGCCCUGCAGGCCCAGGCGUUGCAUCUGAUGCGUCCUUUAGACCCACCAGGCUGCCCAGCCCAGGAUGGAAGGAGGAGGCUGACAGGCAGACCCCUCUCCUCACACGGCCCGCCCCCCGCCUGUCUUGCCUGGGGGCUGAGGGGGAACCUCGCCUGCAGUCAUCGCUUGGGAGGGGAGAAGCCACUUUGCCCGGAGAAGAGCUACGCCCUGUGGUUCGCUGGGAUGCCGCCAGGACCCGCGUGGCUGCCAGGCGGGUCCAGGGCAUUGUCUUUGUUCCACUCCAGGGACACCCCACUGGGCACCUUCUCCGUUCACUCUGCCCUGCGCCGCUGCUCGGCUGGCAGGCCCUCGAGCCGGCCCCGUGUCCAUGCAGCCCUACAGGCAGCGAGGGGCUUGGACUCUAGCCUGACCAGGCCCCUGCAGCCAGAGCCCUUCACUGCCACCGCGGCCUUGGGGCACCAAGCUCCUCGGCAAGGAGCGAAAGUCCCUCAGAAGGGACCCAGGCCCCCAUGGG